UACCUACAUUACACAAAAGUCUUGCAUACAUUAUACAACCAAUCACACACUCAGACAGACGCCUAGUUUGACACUUCUCUUAUCUCAACAACAUUAACAUACAUGCAUAUAAUAGUAAUAAUUACAUUUCUCUAUCUCAUCAUUCCCACCGUCUAUUUUAACGCCCCUCCGUUAUCUUCCUCACCGGUUCUAACUGGUGCAGGUCCCAACUCCAUCUCUCUAUAAACUAACUCCGUUAACCCCAUCUUCUCCUCUUUCUCUCCUCUCUCUUUGUUUCUCUUUCAAUCAUCUCUCUCAAUCUCCCUCAUUUUGUGGAUCAAUGCGUUGUCUUCAAAGGUACCGUUCUAUUCUUUCUUUGAUUUCUUCUCUUUAUCUUACUUUUGCUAAAGAUAAAGAUUGGACGCCCUGUUGCUAAUUUAAGAAAUCUUUGAAAUCUGUGUGUUUUAUAGGUUAGUUUGAUAUCUUGAGUGUUAAAGAUUGGAUCUUUAUUGGGUUGUUUGAAUCUUAAAGAUUGGAUCUUUAUUGGGUUUAGGCUAGUUUUUAUUGAUUUGAUCUGUUGGGUUUGAGCUUAGAUUGGGUUAGAAUGGCUAUGAAGUGUUUUUGGGAUUUUGGGUAUGCUGUGGAUUGAUUGAUUGCUUAGAAUAAUUCUAUAUUUUAGUUCAAUCUAAUCAGUUCUUGGUGUUUUUUUGGUUUUUAAGGGGUUUGAUUGGUUUUAUAGGUUUUGGGGUUUGAUGGGUUUUCUCUGAAUUGGUUGGUUUGUUUUUUGGUUUUUCUCUCUCUUAGGGUUUAGUUUAGAAUGGCUUUGAGGUGGUUAUGGUGUUUCGGUAUGUUGUCAAUUGAUUAGGGUCGUCUUUGGAAGUUUCUUGAUUGGUUAGAAUUAGAGGGUGAAUAUGUGUGUGAGGUGCUCAUGCUUUUGAGUGUUGACUGUGGUGGGACUAUUGAUUCCACCGAAGUAGCGACAAUUAUGCCAACGAAAGAAAAGAUGGGGGGAGCUGUAAUUACUACAUUAUCUAUGGAUAGUCAUUUGUGUACUUUGUUGUCCAUGGAUUCGAGUUUGUCGUCUCAUGAGGAAAUUGAGAGAGAAUUGAAUCGUGCAAUUAAUGUCUCGAGUCCUCCAGAUAUUAAUCUCCCUUUGUCAGCGGAACCGAGUCCGCCGCCGCCUUCUUGGAAUGAUGCUUGUGAUAUCUUAGAUGUUAGCCAUGCUCCUCAGCAUUAUGAGGCGGAGACACAUAUUAAUUUGACUAAAGUUGGAAAGAAGUGUGCUAAACGGCUUGACAGUGUGUGGGGUGCUUGGUUUUUCUUUAAUUUUUACUUUAAGCCAGCUUUAAAUGAGAAGUCUAAGUCUAAGAUUGCUGUGCGGGACACUAAUGGAGUUUCCGGGUAUGAUAAAACUGAUUUGAAGCUGGAUGUCUUUUUGGUUCAGCAUGAUAUGGAGAAUAUGUAUAUGUGGGUUUUCAAGGAUAGGCCUGAUAACGCAUUAGGCAAAAUGCAGCUAAGGAGUUACAUGAAUGGUCAUUCACGCCAAGGAGAACGUCCAUUUCCAUUCAGUGCUGAUAAGGGGUUUGUUCGAUCUCAUAGAAUGCAGAGGAAACACUAUAGGGGUCUGUCUAAUCCCCAAUGUGUUCAUGGAAUAGAAGUUGUUCCUUCACCCAAUUUUGCUGGCCUAGACGAGGGAGAAUGCAAGAAGUGGAUGGAGCUUACUGGAAGAGAUUUGAAUUUCUCAAUUCCUCUUGAGGCUAGUGAUUUCAGCUCAUGGAGGACACUUCCUGUCACAGAACUUGAGAUUGAGCGACUGCCUCCAUUAAAGAACAAUGUUAAUCAGCAACCAAAACGAUUGCUUAACGGGUGUGGUUUGAAAUUAUCAACUCAGCAACCAAACCAUGUAAAUGGUGAAGGGAUGGACCUUCUGGCUAAUUGUAACAAACGGCCGAAAAAUUAUUUUGCACCCGAAAAUGAUUAUGAUUGUACGUUGGCUAAUAACAGUUCACAUUCAGAUGGGGUUGUGGACGCACACUCCAUUGAGCCACACUGGGUUAAUGAAUUUACUGGGGUAAUGAGGAGCACAUACGGGCCAGUAACAGCUGCGAAAACAAUUUAUGAGGAUGAUAAGGGUUUUUUGAUUAUUGUCAGCUUACCUUGUGCUGAUUUGCAGCGGGUGAAAGUCACUUGGCGAAACACUCCCUCGCAUGGAAUUGUGAAGAUAUCUUGUGUGAGCACUGGGUGUAUGCCAAUCAUUAAAAGGCAAGAUAGAACAUUCAAGUUAACAGAUCCGACACCGGAACACUGCCCACCAGGGGAAUUUGUUAGGGAAAUUACCCUUCCAGCACGCAUUCCAGAAGAUGCAAAACUUGAAGCUUAUGGGGAUGAGACAGGUACAAUGCUUGAGAUCGAGGUUCCCAAACAUCGUGUUGGACCAGAAGAACAUGAGGUUCAUGUAUGCCUUCGCCCUUCUCCCUGGCGUGAGCAGCGUGCAUAUGUCGAUUUGACAGAAGCAUUAGUGUGAUAGGUUUAAGAAUAUUAAAACAGCAUGCUGCUUCUUUUGUUUACUAAUUUUAUUCCAUAAACUAAAAUUAAAUGAAUUUUUCAACUUUAUCA